AUGGCGAUGUACGGCAAAAAGCACUGCUUCUCUUCUGACCAUGUUGAAGGCAUUCUUAAUGUUCAGUUUGAUCAUGGCCUUUUCGUCAAAAAGGUUGUGAGCACCCAGGUUGUGAGCACCAUGGUUGUGAGCACCCAGGUUGUGAGCACCCAGGUUGUGAGCACCAUGGUUGUGAGCACCCAGGUUGUGAGCACCCAGGUUGUGAGCACCAUGGUUGUGACCACCCAGGUUGUGAGCACCCAGGUUGUGAGCACCAAGGUUGUGAGCACCCAGGUUGUGAGCACCAUGGUUGUGACCACCUUGGUUGUGAGCACCCAGGAUGUGAGCACCCAGGUUGUGAGCACCAUGGAUGUGAGCACCCAGGUUGUGAGCACGCAGGUUGUGAGCACCCAGGUUGUGAGCACCAUGGUUGUGAGCACCCAGGUUGUGAGCACCAUGGAUGUGAGCACCCAGGUUGUGAGCACGCAGGUUGUGAGCACCAAGGUUGUGAGCACCCAGGUUGUGAGCACCAUGGAUGUGAGCACCCAGGUUGUGAGCACGCAGGUUGUGAGCACCCAGGUUGUGAGCACCAUGGUUGUGACCACCCAGGUUGUGAGCACCCAGGUUGUGAGCACCAAGGUUGUGAGCACCCAGGUUGUGAGCACCAUGGUUGUGACCACCUUGGUUGUGAGCACCCAGGUUGUGUGCACCCAGGUUGUGAGCACCAUGGAUGUGAGCACCCAGGUUGUGAGCACGCAGGUUGUGAGCACCCAGGUUGUGAGCACCAUGGUUGUGACCACCUUGGUUGUGAGCACACAGGUUGUGAGCACCAUGGUUGUGAGCGCCAUGGUUGUGAGCACCCAGGUUGUGAGCACCCAGGUUGUGAGCACCAUGGUUGUGAGCACCCAGGUUGUGAGCACCCAGGUUGUGAGCACCAUGGUUGUGACCACCCAGGUUGUGAGCACCCAGGUUGUGAGCACCAAGGUUGUGAGCACCCAGGUUGUGAGCACCAUGGUUGUGACCACCUUGGUUGUGAGCACCCAGGAUGUGAGCACCAUGGGUGUGAGCACCAUGGUUGUGAGCACCCAGGUUGUGAGCACUCAGGCUGUGAGCACCCAUGUUGUGAGCACCCAGGUUGUGAGCACCAUGGUUGUGACCACCUUGGUUGUGAGCACCAUAAUUGUGAGCACUCAGGUUGUGAGCACCAUCGUUGUGAGCACCAUGGUUGUGAGCACACAGGUUGUGAGCACUCAGGUUGUGACCACCCAGGUUGUGAGCACCAUGGUUGUCACCACCUUGGUUGUGAGCACCCAGGUUGUGAACACCAUGAUUGUGACCACGUUGGUUGUGAGCACCAUGGUUGUGAGCACCUUUAUUGUGAGCACCAUGGUUGUGAGCACCCAGGUUGUGAGCACCAUGGUUAUGAGCACAAUGGUUGUGUGCACCAAGGUUGUGAGCACCAUGGUUGUGAGCACCAUGGUUGUGAGCACCCAGGUUGUGAGCACAGUGGUUGUGUGCACCAUGGUUGUGAGCACCAUGGUUGUGAGCACCACAGUUGUGAGCAACAUGGUUGUGAGCACCCAGGUUGUGAGCUCCAUGGUUGUGAGCACCAUGGUUAUGAGCACCAUGGUUGUGAGCACAGUGGUUGUGUGCACCAUGGUUGUGAGCACCAUGGUUGUGAGCACCAUGGUUAUGAGCACAGUGGUUGUGUGCACCAUGGUUGUGAGCACCAUGGUUGUGAGCACCACGGAUGUGAGCACCAUGGUUAUGAGUACCCAGGUUGUGAGCAACUAG